UAAAUUAAAAACCGUAUUGUUUUUGUUUUCAAAGUGAGGUUAUGUUUAUUUACUUAUUUCAGUUUAAUUGGUAACCAAAGAUAGACGACUCACUGACCAAGAUAUGAUUUAAGUACCAUAAAUCACAAAAGGAAUGUUUAUUACAGUAAUUUGGCUUCAUUUGGUGUUGUGAAUAACAUUGUUGUUGUAUGUUUUCAUUGUGACAAGAUAAAAGAAUGACAUCCUUCGAGAGCCUAUCGUCAAGCCAAAAAACCCGCGCGGCUUUGCAUCGGGAUGUUCGAAGUAUUGGCACGGAAACUUGCCAUUUUCUGGGCCUGGAGAUAACAAAGCCUGCUAUGGAAAUUGUUGCAGAACUUGUUUAUAAGAAACUUUUAUUGUAUGGAGCAGAUUUGGAAGCCUUUGCCAAGCAUGCUAAACGAGCAACAAUUAACGCUGAAGAUGUCAAACUAUUGGUUCGGCGAUGUCCAUCUUUGAAAAAUCACCUAAAUACUAUAGCACCAAGUCCUAAAGAGAAAAAAAGAAAAACCGUAGGUGGCAGAACAUCAGAAGCACCAACUCCUAAACAAAAAGACUCGGAGCUUACGACUUCGAAGCAAAAAGGGCCAGAGAUUGCGACUUCGAUUGUUAAGGAGCCAGAAAUUCCGACUUCGACGAGAAAGGAACCAGAGUCAAAGCAGAAAGAUAUUAGUGAACAGGAUGAUAAAGAAAUUGAAAGUAUGGUCAUUGAUGAUAUGAUUGAUUUAACAUUUGAUUAAAAUAAAAGUCAUUUUGUAUAAA